CUGGGGCCGCCAUGAGCUCUCCGCCGCCCGCCCGCAGGGGCUUUUACCGCCAGGAGGUGACCAAGACGGCUUGGGAGGUGCGCGCCGUGUACCAGGACCUGCAGCCCGUGGGCUCCGGCGCCUACGGCGCGGUGUGCUCGGCCGUGGACAGCCGCACUGGCGCCAAGGUGGCCAUCAAGAAGCUGUACCGGCCCUUCCAGUCGGAGCUCUUCGCCAAGCGCGCCUACCGCGAACUGCGCCUCCUCAAGCACAUGCGCCACGAGAACGUCAUCGGGCUGCUGGACGUGUUCACCCCUGAUGAAACCCUGGAUGAUUUCACAGACUUUUACCUGGUGAUGCCAUUCAUGGGGACUGACCUGGGCAAGCUCAUGAAGCACGAAAAGCUGAGUGAGGACCGAAUCCAGUUCCUUGUCUACCAGAUGCUGAAGGGGCUAAAGUACAUCCAUGCUGCUGGCAUCAUCCAUAGGGACCUGAAGCCCGGCAAUCUGGCAGUGAAUGAGGACUGUGAGCUGAAGAUCCUGGACUUCGGCCUGGCGAGGCAGGCAGACAGCGAGAUGACUGGGUAUGUGGUGACUCGGUGGUACCGGGCGCCUGAGGUCAUCUUGAAUUGGAUGCGCUACACACAGACAGUGGAUAUCUGGUCGGCGGGCUGCAUCAUGGCGGAGAUGAUUACAGGGAAGACGCUGUUCAAGGGCAGUGACCACCUGGACCAGCUGAAGGAGAUCAUGAAGGUGACAGGGACGCCUCCCGCUGACUUUGUGCAGAGGCUGCAGAGUGCCGAUGCGAAGAACUACAUGAAGGGCCUCCCCGAGUUGGAGAAGAAGGAUUUUGCGUGCAUCCUGACUAAUGCAAGUCCUCUGGCUGUGAACCUCCUGGAGAAAAUGCUUGUGCUAGAUGCAGAGCGGCGGGUGACUGCGGCCGAGGCGCUGACCCACCCCUACUUCGAGUCACUGCAGGACACGGAGGACGAGCCCAAGGCCCAGAAGUACGACGAGUCCUUUGAUGAUAUGGACCGCACGCUGGACGAGUGGAAACGUGUCACAUAUAAAGAAGUGCUCAGCUUCAAGCCUCCCCGGCAGCUGGGGACCAAGGUCUCCAAGGAGACGGCCCUGUGAAGACCCCUGGGCCCCCACAGUGGUGGUGAGGACACCUUGGGGAUCCUGGCUGGGGCUUCUACCUGGAAGGGGGAGCCUAAUUAUCACUGUGACUUUGGCUGGGGCUUACAUCCCAGGAAACCUCUGGUUCCAUGGAUCCCCCCUCUCCCAAGCCUGUUAUCCUGAUCUCAAGGCUCCCACCUCAGCCUAACCUGGGGGAGCAUCUGAACCUUCUGGACAGGAUGUCAACCUGACUGGGGACUGGCCUCUGACUCCCUGAGCAGUGGUCCUCUCCCCCAGGUGCAACAAGAAGCCUCAGAGCCUGUGGGGGUGGGUGAGCCUUGGGGUCAAGGCCUGCCCUCUGACCCUGCUCGCUCCAGCCCCUGCUGAAGCCCAGUUCAUACAGCUGAGAAAGGACAGGGAGGGCGCAGAGCGCCUACUCAGGGAUGUCUCUCCCGGGGGGCGUUGGUGUGGACUCUCCUGCACCCCCAGCCCAGAAAGUGCUAUGCCCACGUGGCUGGAAAGAAAUAAACCCUUUUGUACAGAUCCCA